GCGGCGGCGGCAGCCGGCGGAGCGGGGGGCCGGGGCGGCAGCAUGGCCCUGGAGGACCCGUUCUCCGCCGUGCGGGGGGAGGUGCAGAAGGCUGUGAACACGGCCCGGGGGCUCUACGAGCGCUGGUGUGAGCUGCUGCAGGAGACGCAUGUCGUCAGCACGGAGGAGUUCGACUGGACCACCAACGAGCUGCGCAACAGCCUGCGAAGCAUCGAGUGGGACCUGGAGGAUCUGGAGGAGACCAUUGGCAUUGUGGAGUCGAACCCUCGCAAGUUCAGGAUCGAAGCCAGCGAGCUGACAGAGAGACGGGCCUUCGUGAGGCAGAUGCGGGACUCUGUCAAGGAGAUGCGGGAUCACAUAUCCAGCCCAUCAGCCCUGGCCUUCGCCAAGCGGAAAAACAGAGAGAUGCUGAUUGGCGGUGGGGCCAGCCAGAAGCCCCCCCCGGAGCGGUACGGGCAGCUGCGGGAGGAGCUGGUGUCAGCCAAUUCCCGCUAUAUUGAGGAGCAGCAAUUGCAUCAGCAGCUGAUCAUAGACCAGCAGGAUGAGCAGCUGGAGCUGGUGUCAGGCAGCAUCCGGGUCUUGAAGCACAUGUCGGGCCGGGUCGGAGACGAGCUGGACGAGCAGAGCUUGAUGCUGGAGGAGUUUGCCCAGGAGAUGGAUCACACCCAGUCCCGCAUGGAUGGCGUGCUGAAGAAGAUGGCCAAGGUCUCCCACAUGACCAGCGAAACGAAAACCGACGAGGAUGGGAACAAAAGGGAAACCAAAGCAACCAACCAAAAAGCUGCGGAAAAACCCAGGUGCCGCUUCCCAACUCAAACGCGUGAAGUGAAGUCCGGAUUGGAAAGAAAACUCAAACAAUCGUGAAUAAAUUUGCCAGCUCAGAAAAAAAAAUCCCAUUGCCGGGGUGGGGGUGGAGGGCUUCCCACUUGAACCUGGAGUGGGGCGGGGGGGCGGAUAGCCAGGUUUCCAGCACGGCUAAUUUGGGGUGAAAGGGGGUGUGGCAAACACACUGCGGCCUGGGUGGAUGAGCGUGUGGCUAACAUCCCAUUUCCAGGCACAGAUCUAUGGCAGGGGCUCUCCCUUGGCUCCUGGGAGAGCGUCGGGGUGCAGGGGUAUUUGGGACUUCCGGCACGUUGCAUCAGGAGAGGUCUCCCGAGUUACAGUGUCAAUGAGGCUGGAGCACCGGGAGCACACUUGGGGGGCGGGGAGGGACGACACACACCCAUCUCAGUCCUCUCGGGGCUGGCAAGGAAGGAAGGGGACCAAAAAAAAAAAAACUAGCCACAGAAAGUGAGACCUGCUCCCAUCUCAGUUCCGGUGUCAAUCCAGAGUCACUCCUCUGAGCGCCAGACAAUCCAGAGUCACUCCAUUACAACCAAAACUUCAGCAGCGGACCUGCACUGGCGUAACCCAGCUCAGCUACAGGCGGCUGCGGCAAGCCCAUUCCCACUGGGCCCCCCGCCCCAGAAUCCCCUCCCCCUGCAUUAGAAACUAAAGCCCAAGUCCUGACAGGCAUUCACAUGCCUAACUCCCCUGGGAAUUAAGCGUUUUAACUCUAGGAGCUUGGACUGAAAUCUCGUUUCCCUUUUACAAUAUUAAAUCAAAAGGCCUGUUACCGGGGGCGGGGGUGUGUGCAGACGGCCUGGGAAUUCUACCCUGCCUAGGGGCCUCCCCAAGUGGUGGAAAUAGGGGGCAGAUCAGCCUAUUCUGUACCUCCCCAGGCCUGAAGUGGGAGUUAGAGCAGCCUCCAGGCUGCUCUAAUUGACACUGGAGGACAAGGCAAGGGAAUGGAAAGGGGGCUUAGAGCUUGGGCCCCCUCCCACACGGGGUUAAGUUUGAUCCACGGGCGAGGACAAGCCCAGGCUGCCCCUCAGGCCGAGGGGCAGGAUUCUGAGCUGGCGCUCAGGCAUCAGCAAAAGGAGAUCCGGGCCCAUCACUGCUCCUGUCUCAUCCACCCCACCACUAUUCCCUUCCCCAUCAGCUCCUCCCCACUGACCCUCGCUCGUUACAGGCCUAGAUGCUUCAAUCUCUAGGUUCCCACCAACAUAGGUUAAAACCCAGAGGGGAGUUCACUUCAAAAGACAUCCCCCUCCACCCCCCCAGCCCCAUACUGAUGCAGACAGCAACAGCGCUACCAGGUGGCCCAUCUGGGGAACAGCAGCAUGCAAACCCCUCUCUCUGGCUUGGGCUGGGCCAAAUCGAUUGAUGGGCUCAGAGGUGAGUCUGGUCCCCGUGUCUGCGCCAGGGCGGGCGAGUGGGAGUGAAAGGGCUAAAGGGACAUUAUCUGGGAAGGGUCCGAGGCCGGGCGCAGGAAGGACCCCACCCCUCCUUUGCGAAGCAGAGACGUGUUCAACUCGUCACACGGGAGGGGGCUGCCACCUGCCACCCCCACAGUGGGAGCCAAAGGGAAAAGCUGGGAGCUGAAGCUCCAGGCAGAUGGUCCCCAAACUACACAGACACACCAGCCACCCUUCCGAAUCUCCCCUCCGCGUCUGAAGCCCUGGGCUGAGAUCACACCAGACGGAAGGGAUCCCUGCUGUGAUCUAGUGCAAGAACAGGGAUCGGGGAGAUCCCAGAAGCAACCCCCACCCUAGUCACCAGAUCCGGCUGCUCUUCCCUGACACUCACCACACUAUGUGCCCUGCCACAUCCUCACCACAAAUGCUGUCAGCUCGCGCUGCCCUCAUCCCCUGUUGGUCACCAGGCUGGGCCAGUACUCCCUCCAUUUCAGUAUGUGUGGGGGAAACUGAGGCACAGAGACCGAAGGGACUCCUCCCCGUCCCAAAGCUGGGAAGAAAACCCAGGAGUCCUGGUGCGACGGCCAUACCUCCAGAGCUAAAAGCAGGAGCUGCUCCAGCUUGUGGCAGAUCGUCUGCGGACCAGGCACACAGAGGGGGCUGCGGGGGGCACAUAACGCAUGCCCAUCCGCAGCUUUCACUGGCCCCCAGUCCCUAUCCACCCUGUACUGCCCUGCUCCGGUCAUGUGACAGCUCCCAUCCUGCAUGUGUAGAGCAGAUCCAGCCCCAGGGGCCUGCGUGGGGCCAUCCUACAAGUGCCCCAAGAAAGUGACAGAGCCUCACAUUUCUACCCGACCCCACUGGCCUAUUGCCAAAGGCGCUGGCAGAACAGGCCCGUCCACUGGUAGCUGCAUUAUUCAGGGCCCUAGGUCAGGGAAGUUGGAUCCUGCCCCACUUCCUCUUCAGCUGGGGGGAGGGGGGGAGAUUUAUAUCCUGGGCCAAGGAAUCUGUCCCAGUCAGCGUAAACAAACAAAACAUUACAAAUUAACAGCAGCCAGGCAGGCAGCACGGCACAGCGCAGUGGGUAAGGCACUUGGCAAAGUCAGGAGAGCUGGGUUCUGAGCGGGAGUGUGGUCUACUGGUUAGUGCUGAGGGAAGUGUAGGGGGAAGAGAAAGACAGGACUUCUGGGUUCUAUUCCUGGCUCUGGGAGGGGAGGGGUCUAGUGGGUUAGAGCAG